AUGGGCGAUGAAACAGGAGCUGAAGAACAGCAAAUGCUAAGCUUUAAGAGGGAUUUUGGAGAUGAAGAGGCGUACGCAGCUGUUAUAGAGCAUAGUUAUGGGGUUAUUGUAACAGAGAAAAGUACUAUGGAGGUUGCGUUGAAGGAUGGGUUGUUAAUAUUCCCUCAUAGUGUGGUGUUGAAUGAGUGGAUGGAGAAAAUGAAUGAACUUUUUAAGGGAGUGUUUGAAGGGGCAGGUAACAAAAAAGUGCAUGAGUCUGCCUGCUUUAAUGAGGUAAAUAUGAAUGAUGUAAGUGAUGGCGGUGAAGGAAAUAGUUCACCUGUUAAAGGGUUGAUACUUACUGAAGUAAAUACUGAAAAGGAAGACAAUUAUACCACACCUGUUGAUACGACUUCUUUAACAAUGAAUCAGUUUCAUCGACUUCCAGGGGUGAAUGAGCAAAUAAUCAAGUUGUUGGAGGAAACUGAGUUACAAGUGUAUAAAAAGAAAAAGCAAAUGUCAGUAAUAAGUGGGGAUAAUCUGGUAGGAAGAAAUAUAGGAGAAGCUGUUGAUAAUGUUGGAGGAUAUGAUGAUGAUGACAAAAGGGAAAAACGUAUUCCUAAAAAAGCAAAAGUAUUUCAUUCGCCCUAUAUUGAAAGAAUUGUUAAGGUUGGGGAAAAACUGUCUAAGGAUGAAACAUGGAUAUGCAAUUCAGUUUUUGCAUCUACAAGAGAUGAUGGGGAUGAGAUUUGGGACAUUGUAACAGGUCAUUUGCUGCACCAGGGUUUUGCAUAUCAAUUUAAUCAUGAAAUGUUUUUGCAUUCUAAAAUAGUUGAUUGUUGGGCUGCGUUUUUAAAUAAAAUGGAUAAUCUGGUAGGAAGAAAUAUAGGAGAAGCUGUUGAUAAUGCUGGAGGAUAUGAUGAUAAUGACAAAAGGGAAAAACGUAUUCCUAAAAAAGCAAAAGUAUUUCAUUCGCCCUAUAUUGAAAGAAUUGUUAAGGUUGGGGAAAAACUGUCUAAGGAUGAAACAUGGAUAUGCAAUUCAGUUUUUGCAUCUACAAGAGAUGAUGGGGAUGAGAUUUGGGACAUUGUAACAGGUCAUUUGAUGCACCAGGGUUUUGCAUAUCAAUUUAAUCAUGGAAUGUUUUUGCAUUCUAAAAUAGUUGAUUGUUGGGCUGCGUUUUUAAAUAAAAUGGAAAAGUACAAGGAUGAAUCAUCGCUUUCAAGAUUUUUCUUCGAUACAACUAUUGUGAUAGAAGAUAUAUUGAAUGAGCUAAAGUCGGAAGAUAUGAAAUGUAGGCUUAUUGGUACUUUAUUGCGAAUCUACACUAAGAAAUUUGAUGUGAAGCCAAGUUUUAGAGACGUUGCACUUGUUUUCUUCCGAAUAGUUGAUGAUGGAAAGUAUUACUUACUCAUCUUUGAUCUGAGAUCAAGUUUGUACUACAUAGUAGAUCAUGUGAAGAGAAGAGGAACUUUGGAAAGAAAGUAUGGCAUGAUACCAAACCUGGUGAAAAAACUGUUUUGCAACUACUUGACAUCACAACAUCAUCCAAUGGCAAAAACGUUAACUUUUAAAGCAGCACGUGUGAUUAACAUAUCUUGGCUAGUUGAAAAAUCUGGAACAGAAUGUGGAAUAUACCUCAUAAGGCAUAUGGAAACGUACAUGGGGGAAUAUGAAGGGCGUUGGGAGUGUGGUCUUACAGGUAAAAUGCCUGCUGAUGUGAGUGCUACAAUUAAGCUAAGGACGAAAUAA